AUGCGCGUUGUUGCACAACGGCAUCGCCGUCAUGUGGGAACCAGCCAUCUAUGGCUGCUGCUGUUGGGUUUCGGCAUGACCUUGGCCAUCCCGGCGCCGGCGCCGCAGCGCUUCUCGGAACACGCCAAUUGGCUCAUCCCGGGACGUUUGAUGCUGGGCAGAUAUCCGUUCGUGAGCCCAGUGUAUUGCCCCUCGUUGUCAGAAGGCCAUGAGCAACUUCGCAGUCUUUUGGAGGCACGGCCAAAGAACGGCAUGUCGGAACUUCCAUCCCAAGAGGUGGCCUGGCCUUCGCAGGGCGUUGCCGUGCCCGGCUUUCCGGGCGCCUUUCGGCCCUACGGCGCCGUCCUCGCGCGCCUUUCGGAGACCACGGAGAAGCUGCAGUUUCUGCACUCGCCAAUUGCGGACUUGGGUACUCCCGGCCUGGGUGAGCUUUCAGCACUGGUGCGCGACCUGAAGGAGCGCAGCUGGACAGGUAUUCUCCGCGGUGAGAAGAUCUACCUGCAUUGUUGGGGGGGCCGCGGCCGCAGUGGUGACGUGGCCAGGGAUGUCCGGCGAGAUGGGUGCUGGAAGGAGGCGUUGGACUUCGUACAGAGUGGCUACAGCCUGAGGGCGAGCGCCUUGGACGUGGGCGCAUUGUCGCGCAGUCCACAGACGCCUGAGCAGCGCGACUUCGUGCGGAGAUGGUUCGAACAGAUGAGGUGA